AUGAAGAGUAUUCAGAAAAAUCAAAUUGAGAUCAAUAAGAAAUUAUACGCUGGCCCCGUGACCAGUCUAUGUUUUCACAACGAUAAGAUCUUAUUAGCCGGGCAAGGUCCAUAUCUGAAGGCAUUUUAUGUACCAACUGGAGAUUUGUUGGAUAGUUUUUUGGCGUUCGAGUGUUUUCGUGUGCAUCGAAUAGUACCAGUCUUUUAUCCGAAUGAUCAUAUUGAUGAUAAUGAUCAUAGAAUACUGGCAGUUUUUGGAUCGAAAUCCAUAAAUUUGAUCGAAUUAAUCAUUAAUUAUCCAAAUGAGGGUGACAAAUGCUUGCCAAAAUGCACACUGACUAUACAAAAAUGCCUAGCACCGUUUAAAGAUUGGAUUUUGGAUGUGCAGUGGUUAUAUGGUUCAAUUACUGAACAAUCAGACGAAAAAAUAUUGGAAAAAAACUAUUUAUCGUCGUCGCCAUCGUCGCCAAUGCCAUAUAUCAAAAAAGAAACAAAUACGACGACACCAAAAGAAAUAGCAAUAGCCUUUGCCCACAACUUUAUCGAAAUCUGGGACCACAUUUCUUCCACAUGCUUAUAUUCCGUAGAAUGCCAGGAACAUUGUAUUUUAUAUUCAGCGCGAUUUUUUGGAGACACACGUGAGAAUCUUAUUUUGGCUUCAGGGACUGUGUUUAAUCAGGUGCAUUUGUGGAAUGUUAUGUGCAGGAAUGAAGAUGGGUAUGGUGUUGUGUAUAAGAAACUUGUUGGGCAUGAGGGUGUGAUAUUUGGUGUGAGAUUUAACGAAGAUGGAACGGCUGUUGUUUCUGUAUCCGAUGAUCGUACCAUCAGGGUUUGGGGGACAGCUUUGGACGACAACACAAAGCCCCGUGUUUUAUUUGGACAUAUGGCACGUAUAUGGGAUUGUCUAAUUUUUGAUGAUUAUCUGAUAAGCAUUUCCGAGGCAACAGGCGGUCAAGAUUCUGGUAUUCGGCUGUGGUCGUUGUCUUCGGUAACUGAGAACAAAAUAGACUCUGAGAUCGAUUUGAUUAAAGUUGAGUUGCCGCCAGCUGAACAAUAUAUUCAGCACUUAGUGCGAAAUAAUGAGCAAAAAUUGCCCCACACCCAUGAACACGCACGAAAUUGCGUGAUGGUUGAUUACUCGACUGUUGUAAUGGCGUCAAAUUAUGGCUAUAUAAUACGAUUCAACUACCAAACAAACGAAUGGCGUACACUAUUCCAUGAUCCUGAGCUGGCGAGUUAUAAUAUGAUGACGUCGUCACAGUGUGGCCGGGUUGUUUGUUGUGGGAGCAUUUAUGGACAGUUGGUAGUUUUGAGCGUGACAAGUGAGUUUGAGGCUAUCAAACGAAAAAUUCACCCGCACAAGGUGUUUGAGAUAUAUAUAGAGGAGACUAACGAUCCAAAUAUUCUUUACAUUAUUUCCCAUGCUGUUCACAACGAUAUUUAUUUAUUUUCUUUGGAUCUUAAUAACAUUACGAAACCAAAUUUAGAAAUUCUGUAUAAAAUAUCAGUGCCUCCACGUUUUUUGUUACUUUCGAUAGCUUUCUCUGCACGAUAUAAUCUCUUGUUUUGUGGGUCACGAGAAAGUGGGCUUGCUAUCUAUCAUUUAUCACGAUCAUCCUUUACAAAAUCAGAUAUAGACGAAAAAAAGUUUUUAUUAUCAGACGAAGAUAAUAGUAAUGUCAAUAAUCAUCAUCAUAUUGAUGAGAAUAGUUAUCAUAUCUCGGCAAUUUUAUACCUACGCAAAACUCACGGGAAGCAAGCCGUAACUUCGAUAGCAUUAAAAGUGGAAGACGAAUCCACUUCUCAAAAACAAAAGCAACAAGAUAUAUUGUACGUAUUUACUACUGGUCGCGAUGGAGGGUACAUUAAGUAUCGGUUAAAAGGUUUAUCCGCGUUCGUUUCUCAACCACAGCAACCGAAGGAAACAAGUGAACGAGCUGAUUCGUUGAGAUUAGAGAACAAUAAUAAAGCAUCGAAUACUAAUGAAAAAUCAAAAGCUUUUUCGGCGUCUUCUUUGAAAGAAGAGAAUUUUGAAGGAACAUUAAUCAUGGAACAAGUUUAUCGAGCCAAAAUUACUAAAGGAUGGCUAGAAAAAGUAGUUUUUGUCGAUAAUGAAUUGCUACUACUGGGGUUUUAUCGGAAGCGAUUUUUUGUAUAUAACGAAGUGAAAAAAUUUGAGAUGUUUUCAGUUGCAUGUGGCGGUGCACAUCGUGUAUGGCAUUUCAGGGCAGCCGAUAAACGAAUGGACAAGUCGACCUUUGUGUUUAUUCGCAAAGAAAAGAUAUAUGUAUAUUCUCGACAAGCUUCCGCAUUCAGUGAAGGAUUUGACGAAUGUAAACUACAAAAUAAUUAUCAUGGACGGGAGGCGCGUGCACUUGAAUAUCUACCAUAUCCUAUAGCGUUAUCUGAAGAAGGAAAAGGAGUAAUAAAAAAUAAUCUAAUGUUCCCCGUAAUAUUUGCUACGGGUGGCGAAGAUAGUCUGUUACGGUUAUUUCAAUAUAUUCCAGGUGCAAAAGAAUUACACAAUCUCUGCAGUAUCAAGAAACAUACAUCUGCCAUUCGAAGUAUACAAUGGAGUCAAGUAACCGAGAAAAUGUUGUUAUUGUUCUCUUGUGGUGCUAGCGAGGAAUUGAGAUGUUGGAAAGUUGAGAUAUCAUUGGCGAAGAGUAAACAGCUCCUCCAUCAACAAAAAUGUCUGAAGAUGGAUUCAGAGCCAGUAACUGUUAAUUGUUUGGAGUGGGCGAGGUGUCCGACUAUUAGUGAAAUCCCGGAAACGAGAAUUAUGGAUAUUUCCGUUUUUCCUAUAUGUUUCCAUCAUCAUCAAAAUACAUCCGGUUUGCAUUUUGUGGCGGCUGUUUACUCUGAUUCAGUAUUACGCAUUUGGAUAUUCGAUGAGAAAACACGACACUUUUAUUUAUUAGGCGACGCGACUUUUCACAAUAAAUGUAUUUUACAAGUCAGACAUCUUGUAAUAGAGAGUCAGCAGCAUGAAGAGGAGAAUAGCGAAUACGAAAAUAACGUUGACCAAGAACGGAGGAUUAUUCUGUUUACUUGUGCUACUGAUGGACGAGUUGCUUUAUGGGAUAAAGACUUGAUAUCACAACUAUUACAACACCAAAAACCACUCGACCAACCGAUCCAGGUCUACAAAGUGCAUCAAUCAGGUGUCAAUUGUAUGGAAGUGAGGUCGGUUGGAAGAGGCAAGUUUAUCGUGAUUACUGGUGGGGAUGAUAACGCUGUUACGGUGACGAUACUUUAUAUAUCGAGUAGUGGAAGUGAUGUAGUCGUUUUGGAUGUGUAUAAUAUGUUGGAUGCACAUUCUUCGUCGAUUCAAGGGGUACAUAUAAUCAACGAUACAACAUUUGUAUCUGCUUCAUUGGAUCAACGAUUGAAUGUUUGGAAUCACGUAAAAAAUAAAAUCUCUCCUGACUCGAAAGAAAAAGACUACACUUUUAAACUUGUGGCUUCGGAAUUUGUUAAUGUUUGUGAUCCGUCUGCAAUGGGUGCAAGGCAAUAUGUUUCUAUCAGUAACGACGAAGAUCAAGAUCACCAAGAUGAUGAUAGAGCAUCUAAAACACAAAUAGCAAUAACCGGAAUUGGAAUAGAGCUUUUUGAAAUUCGAGUAUGA